GAGCAAAUUUUCACUCGUUGAUUCGCUCUGUGUUAUUACUUUCUUAAGAAAAAUCCCUACAUCGGCUGUAAAAUCACCCAGCAAACUGAAAAUUUCAACCUUUUCCGGCAGCACGGCCGCGUUGCACUUUACUUCCCAUGCACCAUGUGUUGUCAUUGAGUUUGACAUUUGAAGGGCAGCGGAGAACAUUUUCUGUGUAAGUUCGUCGAUCUUAUCAAGCGCGGAAAAGUGAAAAAAUCCGUGAGCGAAGCUUCGGAAAUCAGUGAAUUAAAAUGAAGCAAGAAGCCCGAGACGACAAGAAUGUCGAUCAGUUCUUGAAAACCUCCAACUACGAGAACACGGUCAGACAGCUCGACAUCUACUAUGGCAUCGUCAAACGGCAAUUGCUGCAAUAUCAAAGUCCAAUUUCGGGCCUGUUCCCGGUAAUGUCGACCGACCAGGAAGUCGGUAGCGUUCGCGAUAGCGUCUAUUGUGCGGCUGCAGUUUGGAGUCUGUACCAGGCGUACCGCCGCAUCGAUGAUGACCGUGGGAAAUCCUACGAAUUGGGCCAGUCUACGGUCAAAUGCAUGCGAGGCAUUCUGGAAUGCUGGAUCAAGCAGGCUCCCCGGGUGGAGCUGUUCAAACAGAGGCAAUCCAACCAACACGCCUUGCACUGCAAGUUCCACUUGCACUCAGGCGAGGAGGUCUACUCGGACAAUCAAUACAACCACCUCCAGAUUGACGUCGUGUCGAUUUAUAUUAUUUUCCUGGUUCAGAUGAUAACGUCGGGAUUGCAGAUAAUCUACACUCAGGAUGAAGUGGCUUUCGUGCAAAAUCUGGUCUAUUAUGUGGAAAGAGCUUAUCGAACGCCCGAUUUUGGUAUGUGGGAACGAGGUACCAAAUAUAACAACGGAACGCCAGAAAUACAUGCAUCAUCUAUUGGCAUGGCAAAAGCCGCAUUGGAAGCCAUCAAUGGCUGCAAUCUGUUCGGAGAUAAGGGUGCAUCUUGGAGUGUCGUUUAUGUUGACAUUGAUGCUCACAACAGAAACCGAAGUAUUUUUGAGACAAUGUUGCCACGAGAAUCAAGUUCGAAGGGUGUUGACGCAUCGCUCUUGCCAACGCUCUCUUUCCCAGCGUUUGCUUCUCACGAGGAACGUUUAGUUGCAAUGGCCAAAAGCAAUGUAGUUCGCAGAUUGAAAGGAAAGAAGGGAUUCAAACGCUUCAACAGGGAUGGGUACUUAAGUCGGUUAGAAGAUAAGUCUAGACGAUAUUAUAAUAAAGGUGAAAUUAAAGACUUUGAAGGAACCGAGUGUGAAUGGCCAAUUUUCUACACUUUCAUGAUAAUCGAUGGCGUGUUCAAGAACAACAAUGAACAGAUCGAGGAAUAUCAGGCAGAGCUCCGACGCUGUAUUUACACUGAUGCUAACGGCGAUCCGGUGGUCUCUAUGUACUUCGCCCCAGACGCGGAUGGAGUUUACAUUCGAGCUCCUUCUCAGGCGCUGUUCUUGUGGGGUCAAGCAGUUUUUAUUAUAACUCAACUACUGACAGCUGGUCUGCUACAUAUCAAUGAACUGGAUCCGAUCAGACGAUAUUUGCCAAGUUACAAUCGACCAAGAAGGGCAGGGCGAUAUUCGGCUUUCCAGGGAAAGCCUGAAGAUGCGAAACCGGGAAUUGGAACAGCAACUGAUUUAGUAGUUCAAAUUGUACUUAUAGCCGAAUCGAUGCGUCUACAAGCAAUGAUGGCUACUUAUGGAAUUCAAACACAAACUCCACAUGAGGUGGAACCUGUUCAAAUAUGGUCAUCAACCGAACUUAUCAAAGCGUAUCAAAAUCUGGGAGUAAACAACAAAAUCGGCCUCACUGGCCGACCGCCUCGCCCUAUCGGUUCGUUAGGGACGAGCAAAGUCUAUCGAGUUUGUGGAAUGACGGUUUUGUGCUAUCCGCUGAUAUUUGAAGUGUCGGAUUUCUACCUCUACCGAGACAUGGCUCUUCUAAUAGAUGACAUCAAAACCGAAUUACAAUUUGUCGGAAAAUAUUGGCGAUUGUCUGGACGUCCAACUGUUUGCUUGCUAAUUCGUGAAGAGCAUAUGCGUGACCCACAAUUUAAGGAGAUGUUGAAUUUGCUGGCGAUGUUGAAGAAAGGAUUCUGCGAUGGAAUGAAAGUUCGAAUUGGACGAUUGCAGAAUUUAAUUUCUAGCUCGUGUAUUGAACAUUUGGAUUUCCUAAACCAAAGUGACUUGCCAGAAGGCGAGUCAACAUUUACCCAACUCAACCAUGAAUAUAUUGGAUACCAAAGUUUAACCGACGUCCCAAAGGCGCAAUCUUAUUCAGAAGAUAAAAUAAUUUUGCAGAACUUGAUCCAUCGUCCCACCGUGGAAAUAAUCCAACGUUUACGCGAGACUGACUCAAUCUUCUGUCUUUGCCAACUCUGGGGUGUACUAUACAAUCGCGAAGGUCCCCAGUUCGAGGUGAACGACAUCAGUGCAAGUCAAGCCCUCAUUCAACUUUAUCAUAGAGCUGGAUCUUUGCGAUAUUGGCGUGCCGUUCGCUAUUGCAGUUCAAUUCUUCAUCAUAUCGUCGAUUCUAUAAGUCCAUUUAUAACAACGGUGCUGGUUAAUGGCAAAGAACUGACCGUGGGCGUUAUCGGGCAAAAGGAGACAGUAUUUGAUAAGCCAAUGACCCCGGCAGAAAUCAAAAAUGUUAUGUAUACGACAGUUCAGCCUUACGAUGUUAUUCAAGCUGUAUUGCAACAAGAAGUUGUUUUGUAUUGUGGUAGACUCAUAGCCACGAAUCCGGAUAUGUUUAAGGGAAUAUUGAAAAUUCGCAUCGGUUGGGUACUUGAAGCUAUGCGUCUUCAUCUGCAAAUGGUAGGCGAAGAAAGUGAUAUUGAAAACUUAUCUCCAUAUCAAGUUCGGCAGCUAUUGCAACGCGUAUUAACUGUCAGCCAAUGGGCAUCUGAGGAGAAGUUGACACCACUUCAGAAGCGCCAAUUGGAGGGAUGUCUAUGUCGUGUGCCACAACAAUUUUACAAUUUAGUAUGGGACGUACUACAACGAACCCCAUUAGGAAUUAGAGUGCAGGGACACCACUUACCCGCUGUGCCAACUUUGACUAAUAUGAGUCGCGGCGAGUUAGCUUUUUCAUUGUUAGUAGAAGAAACUAUGAUUUUCAUUGCACAACCGGAGAGACGGCAAUUGACCGUUGAACUUAUUUGUAUUAUAGCAACGAUUUUAAGCAGGAAUCCAGAACUGCGAUUCCAGCAGGCCCUAGACUUAGAUGAAAUGUUAGAAGCUGCAUUUUCGAUGCACUGUAAAGACAACACCCUAGCCAACGUGAAAGAUAUCUCGCCACUAUUUUCAUUACCCUACUCGGAGACAACAGGAUAUUUGGCAAGAGCCGUAGUAAAUAAAGUGUUACAGGGCGGCGCUCUAGCGCCAUAUGCAUAUGACCAUUAUGACAAUGACGAAGAAACCUGUAAAGUAUCAUAAAUAUUUAUUUUGUUGCCAAUUUUAAUUGUUUUUGAAAUAAAGAAAAAGUAGAAAU